CUGUGGGGGCCGAAGCGACGCGCCCUGCUGCUCAUGCCAGUGUGGCUCUGCCAGAAGGAAACUGGGGGCAGGACCCUCAGCAGGGCCCCAGCUGGCACGGCAUGGAGCGCUCAAGCAAGAUGGAGUUCUUCCAGAAGCUGGGCUACAGCCGGGAUGAUGUGGUCAGGGUGCUGGGCAAGCUGGGUGAGGACGCCCUGGUCAACGACGUGCUGCAGGAGCUGAUCCAGACUGGCAGCCGCCCUGGGGCCCACGAGAGCAGUGCUGUGCCCCUGCUCGUUCCCAGGGGCUCCUGCGGGACCCUGGACUCUGCCCACUGUGGGCUGGCGGCAGAGCUGGAAGAAGAGCACGGAGACCCAGCCAGUUCCUUGCGACCCAUAGUGAUCGACGGCAGCAACGUGGCAAUGAGCCAUGGAAAUAAAGAAGCCUUCUCUUGCCGGGGAAUCCAGCUGGCUGUGGACUGGUUCAGGGACAGAGGACACGCCUACAUCAAAGUUUUUGUUCCAUCCUGGAGGAAAGACCCACCAAGAUCUGAUACCCCUAUUAGAGAGCAGCACGUGCUGGAGGAGCUGGAGAGGCAGGCGGUGCUCGUGUAUACCCCGUCCCGCAAGGUGAACGGCAAGCGGGUGGUCUGCUACGACGACCGCUACAUUGUGAAGGUGGCCUACGAGCAGGACGGUGUCAUCGUCUCCAACGACAACUACCGUGACCUGCAGAGCGAGAACCCCGAGUGGAAGUGGUUCAUCGAGCAGAGGCUGCUCAUGUUCUCCUUUGUCAACGAUCGGUUCAUGCCUCCCGAUGACCCCUUGGGCCGCCGGGGACCCACCCUGAGCAACUUCCUGAGCAGGAAGCCCAAGCCCCCAGAGCCAUCCUGGCAGCACUGUCCGUACGGCAAGAAAUGCACCUACGGCGUCAAGUGCAAGUUCUACCACCCCGAGAGGCCGCACUUGGCGCAGCUGGCGGUGGCCGACGAGCUUCGCGCGCAAACGCGGGCCUGGCGGGGCGCGGGCGCCGAGGCGGAGCGGCGGAGGAGCGCGCGGGCGGCCCGGGAGGAGCAGGGCGGCCCCGGGGGCGCUCCCGCCGCGGCCUGGCCGGGGCCCCCGGAGCCCGGCGUGCGCAGCCUGCACCCCGCGCGGCGGGCGGCCGACGUGGCGGCGCUCGAAGCCGGCUUCUCGCGCCUCGCCUUCAGCGAAGACCCUGGGCCCCUCGGGGCGCCCCCUCGGGACGCGGGCCUCGCGCCCCGGCCGCGCCGUCCGGACUGGGGGGCGCCGGGGGCCUCGAGGUCCCCGGGAGCCCUGCCCGGCCUGCUGACCCCCCAGGUCGGGCCGAGGGGGGGCCACGGCCCCCCGCACAGUGAUCUCCCCCAGCGCAGGAGGCCCGCCGAGCCGCGGGCCCUCCAACAAGGGACCGGCCGGUUCCCGGGCCGCUCGGCCUGGGCGGAACGCGGCUGGGGCGACGGCGCCUUCGGGGGACCUUCGGGGUCCCCGCCUCCCUCCGCUCCCGGCGAGGUGGACGCGCGUGCCCGGGCGCGCAUCGCGCUUUGCAGCAUCUUCCCGCCCCACCAGGUGGACAGCGUCAUGGCCCUGUUCCCGGCGCUCUCCGACGUCACCCGGCUCAUCCUUCUCAUCCAGAGAUUCCAGACGUCUGGGGCUCCCGUGGGGAAAUCCUAAGGAAGUCGUCCAAGCCACUGGAAGUCCCAAUCUUGCCUUGCCGCUUGGUCAGGGCGGAUGGUCGGCCUGCCCCUGGGGCGAGCCACCCUGCAGCCCUCUUUUCCUUCAAGAAGGUCAGGGAAGCCGGCUUCCUCACCCUCAGCAGCACCCAUGGUGGCACUUGAUGACCCUCACUGACACUGCAGGGCUUGCUGCUGGAGGUCCGUGUCCUGCAGAAUAAGGCUGGCCACAUCCAUGGAGGGAGUGGCCUCCUAUGUCUGGAAGACUAGAAGGUCCCAUGACGGCUCCAGGGGUUUGUCCAGAACACUGCAUGGCUGUUUUGUCAAGCUGCAUUUGGGAUCCACGAGUGGGUCCCAACGUCAAUUUAGUGGGUCACACCAGAAGGAGUGGUGUCAGAAAUCUCAGAGCACAGGCCACAUGGCCAAGCUAAGUAUGAAACUCUUGUAUGUUAACUACACGUGUGUGCACCUGUGUGCCCUUGGUAGCCGCGCAAACUUAACGUGGGUCAUGGGCAAAAGUUUGAAAAAUCCUGGUAAAUGGCCUUGGCUUUUACUGCGUCACGUGACAUCGAAAAUACGUAGUCAGUUGACUGGUGGAGGUCUUGGCAUCUGAUGGGUUUCAUAUCAGCUGUUUCUUACCUCGUGAGAGGAACCUAGAAUUCCAGCCUUGAUGGGUGGGUCCGCUUGUCACUCUGUGUGGUUGGAGGUGGGGCAGGGGCACAUGGUCUUGAGGGCAGAGCACAGAUCCUCAACUGGUUGAGCCUUCUAAGUCACACCUGACUCUUGAGUCAAGGCCCAGUGAGUCAGGACUUGUGCUCAGAAACCUCCAGGUGGGUCCGUGAAGAGCUGGGAUGAGCCUCAGUCAUGGGGGUUUAUCGCCACCUUCCACCAGUGCUGUUUCUUCCAGCCAGCUACUGCUUUGAGUUUUGGGGAGGAGGGACCCACCUGCUUGCAGUGGACAGGACAUGAGACCGUGCUUGCGGGGUGUGGACCCUGCGUCCUCAGGGGCCCUGGCAUCUCUAGUGGGCAUCCACCCGUUCACUCUGGGUUACAAGUCCAGAUGUGCAGGUCUUAGCUCAUUCGUUCGUGAGGACCCUUGGUGGCUUGGCCAUCAGGGAGAAUGUGAGGCACCUCCCAGUGGAAAAUCAGCUCCCAUCCCCCAAAAGCUUCCUGCAGACUGGCGAAUGCAAAGGGAAACUCUUCUCAGAGCAUCGUUCAGUGUUGUGGACACAGAGCAGGGUGCACCCCUGGGCGAGUCUGCUUCUAGCCCUCUAGUUCAUGGUAAAUGCCGCCAGUGGAGGUACAGUGAUGCUGUGUCUCCCUGUGACCCCUUUGACCUUUUUUUUUUUUUUUUUUUUUUUUUUAAGUAGGCUUCAUGCCCCAUGCAGAGCCCAACUUGGGGCUUGAACUCACAACCCUGAGAUCAAGACCUGAGCUGAGAUCGAGAGUUAGAUGCUUAACCGACUGAGCCACCCAGGUGCCCCCUUUUUGUCUUUUUAAACCAGAUUCUUACAGUGGCUCCAGCCUGAUCUGUUCUUCACCUCUUUUUUGCACCCACAGUUAUAUCUUAGUAUUUUGGGAACUUAGUCCUGAAGAGGCCCCACCCUUCCUGGAUAAAGUGGAUUUCCCUCGUGGUGUUUUGUUUUGUUUUUUCCUUUCUUUUGACAGGACAACUUUAUGUGUUUGUCUCUUGGGUCUGUCUCCUGACGUAGAGCCGUCUCCUUGCUGACUUACAGUUGGAGAUGUUUAAACUGCUUCCUUUGAGGACAAGUUUGAGUUUUAGUAAGCUGUAAAGCUAUUUUAUUUGGUUCACUGUGAUGAAGACAAGCACAAAAACAGGUGAAGAGACAGCGCUUUUCAGUGUAAUCCCCUUUGGAAUUUUUUCCAGAGUCUUGGUACGUCUUUUUGACACAAAGCAUGGAUGGAUGGGUGACUGAAAUGUUCCUAGUUGCAUAACUGUCACCGUGAUCCAAAAAUAAAUCACUUUUAUCCACA